AUGACUUCUAUGGAGAACAGAUCUGAAGUGAAUGAGUUCAUCCUCAAAGGAAUAACAGAUGAUCCAGAGCUUCAGGUUCCUCUCUUCAUAAUGUUCACUCUCAUUUACCUCAUCACCCUAGUAGGGAACUUGGGGAUAGUAGCUUUGGUCUUCUGGGAUUCCCAUCUCCACACGCCCAUGUAUUUUUUCCUCAGUAACCUCUCUUUGGUGGAUUUUGGCUUCUCUUCAACUAUAACUCCCAAGGUGAUGGCUGGGCUCCUAAGAGGGAACAAAGUCAUUUCCUUUAAUGGAUGUGCUGUACAGCUACUCUUUUUUGUAGCUUUUGCUACAAUUGAAAGUUUUCUUUUAGCCACCAUGGCCUAUGAUCGCCAUGCAGCUGUGUGUAAGCCUCUACAUUAUACUACAACCAUGACUUCAACUGUAUGUAUAUAUCUUGUUAGUGGUGCUUACAGCUGUGGCUUUCUAGCCACCUCCAUACUCACAGGCAAUGUAUUUAGCCUUUCCUUUUGUAGAUCAAACAUACUCCAACACUUUUUCUGUGAUAUCCCCCCUCUCCUACUUCUCUCUUGCUCUGAUAUUCACAUCACUGAGUUACUAGUCUUUACAGUAGGCUUAUUCACUGUCGUUUCCCCACUUCUUGUCAUCUCUACUUCUUACUUGCUAAUAUUCAUCACCAUCAUGAGCAUCCGUUCUGCUGAAGGCCGUCAGAAAGCCUUCUCCACCUGUACUUCUCAUCUCACGGCAGUUUCUAUAUUUUAUGGGACAAUCUUCUUCAUGUACUUCCAGCCUAGUUCAAAGCAUUCAAUGGACUCAGACAAAAUAGUGUCAGUGUUCUACACCACAGUCAUCCCUAUGUUGAACCCUCUGGUCUAUAGUCUUAGGAAUAAAGAUGUCAAGAACACUUUCAGGAAAGCUGUGAAGGGACAACAAGGUUAA